AUGCCGUACGACAUCCCUUCGCACCCGAAACUGCUCUUCCCACCGUCGCCAAUUGUUUGCGUACCGAAAGCUCUUGGGCUCUCCUGGGCCAACUACGAGCGCGACUUCCGAGAGCAUCAAGACCGCGACUUGACGCGCGUAGAGGCUGGUUCCGUGCUGGGCGGCGCGAUGCUGCGCCAGUACUUCUCCUCCCUAGCGGGCUUCCGCCGUGGCCGGGCGUACCUAGGAUACAACUGGGGCACCGCAGAGAUGACGCCGGAGACUGAGGUUGUGGAAGACGUGGCGGUGGAAGAUAUGGCGAUGUGGAUUGUGGAGAAGAGGAGGGAAGAGGAGGGGACCGAAGAGGGAGUGAUCCCAAGCGUAGAGGUCCAGGACGACAACUACGACGUCCACACCAUCCUGAUCGUCGUCACGCAUGCCAAGUUCAUGGCAAAGAAAGAUCGGAGGACGCCGACCGUGCUGCCGUUUUUGGGUCCUGGGUUUGUCGUUGGGGGGAGAGAGGUGCGCUAUGCCAACGUGGUGGUGUUGACUGGCGAUCAGCGGACCGUAUCGCCGCAGUUUGAGUUUUACAAGCUGGACCUGGAUGGGCCGAAGGAGAAGAGCUUGGUGCCUGCCCUUGGAACGACGGAGGAGUAUUUCGGCACCAAUGCGUUCAGGUUGGGGAAGACGAGCGCAGAGAAGAUGGACAAGAUGUGGAAGGCGGCUGCAAAGGGAGAGCUAAAGAUGAAGGGAAAGCUGAAGAUGAAGACGAAGGCGACAGAGAGAAAUGUGGAGCCUUCGCUUGAUCGUUCCGUGCUGGGAGACCGCUCUCCGGAUCGCAACUCCAGCAUCUUCUCGCUUGCACACCUGGAUAGCUUCGAAAACACGCGCGAAGAGUCGAGAGACGACGCCUCCACCCACAUAGGCACGGACAUCGACAGAGCAUCAGAAUCUAUCGCACAUGCUUCGAAAUCUAUAUUCUACCCCAGCACCAUCGACACAUUCAACAAACGCAAGCGCAAGCAAUCCAGCCGCGCCCUCUCCGCCGAAGCCUCCGAGCGCGAAGAAUCCGUGGCCCGCGAUAUGAAGAAGCGCAAGACCACGCCCGCGAUCUCGAAACCUAAGGCUAACCGAAGGCCCAAGAACGCCUCUACAGCCGCUAUGACCGCUAACCGCGACAUUAACAAAGCAACGCCGCCCCUUCCCACUUCCCGCGCGGCCAACGCCUUCGCCUCCAGCGCUGGCAAGUUCUCCGAAGCAUCGCCCGGCAUCAGGGACACCCAGCCAUCCCGCUCGUACACGCCUCAAAGUAGCGCUGGCCAGAAGCGCAAGCGCCCGACGCCGGAACCGCUCUCGCCCAUCUUCGAUUCCCCGGUCAAGCUAGAGCCGACCGACGCCGCCGAAGCCCGCCCAAAGAAGCCGAAGAAGUCGUCCCAAUUGGCGGCCAUCGACGCCGCGCUCCGCCGCCCUGCCUUCGACAAGCGCUUCUGCUGCCCGUAUCUUGGCUGCGCGGCCCGCUACAGCACAAAGGACUCCGUGCGCCGCCACUUCAAGCAGAUGCACCCGGGCCUCGAGCUGGAUAUGGCGGCGUGGCAGUACACGACCCCCGACGGCAUCAAGAUUAAGGGCCAGCAUGUGGCGACGGCUUCUAGGGCUGGUUCGCAGCCCAUGGGAGGUGAGGUUGGGCUUGGGGGUGGAUAUCAGGUGAGUGGAUAUGGCGGUUUGACCAGCAAGAAGACGCUCUCGGCGCUCUACAAGCCGGUGACUGGAGGCGCAGGCGUGGAGGGCGAGAGGGCUGAUUCUGCGGUUGCGGGAGAUGACGACGACGGGCUUGAGCCUGUAUAUCUGGGCUGGGGUGUCUAGGGCUAUGGGGAGAGGUGUGAUAUUCUGAAAAAAAGUUUGUUGGACAGUAGAUAUUAGCCUGAUUCUUGUUUUAUUUUGACAGUCCCUCAAACAGGGCAUCGAGGGCGCUCUAGCCCAUGUAGGAAAAUCUCCUGCUUGAAUGGCUUACUUUUUCAAUCCCGGUCUAUCUGGUCACGUGAGUUUGGGAUCUGUAAAGCCGGUUCAAAUCCAGAACGAUAGUAUCCUUUCUGGCUCUACUCUCGAGCUGUUCUUGCGAUGUGUUGACAGUCUCUUCCUCUUCUGUCCGAAUUCCGACACACAGCUAUUUCAUUGUCGCAACAUCGUGGAUCUUUUCGUCAAAUCUAGC